GAACACAGUUACUGGUUACACGCUGCUUCACAUGAAUAAGAAAGGGAAGUGAUAGAGCAUGAGUUAUCAUUAUAAGUGCACCCCUGCUUAUUGUUUUUCAAUUUGUAGAUAUUUUGAUAACACGUUCUCGUAAGGGUUAAGUUUUGUAUUGGUUCGGAAUAAUAACGAAGACUGUGUUUGUCUUGAAUUGCGAGGUGACUGCUGCCGGAUUGCUCCAGGCUAAUUAACGGUAUCAACAAAUAACUGUCAGGCCGUAAUCAUGCUGCUGGAAGUUCUUGCAUUACCGGUUGAAGACAAAAUCUUUUACGCUGUCUUGGUCUUCUCAUGGACGGUGUAUGCUUGGGAGGCCUACCUCGCCUAUAGACAGAGGAAGAUCUACAGAACUACAAUGCAUGUGCCUACUGAGCUGGGCAAGAUCAUGGAUUCAGAGACCUUUGAAAAGUCUCGCCUUUAUCAGCUGGACAAGAGCAACUUUGGAUACUGGUCUGGGCUCUACUCUGAGACAGAGGGCACGCUGAUUCUGCUCCUGGGAGGAAUCCCCUUCCUCUGGAAAGUGUCAGGGAAUCUCACUGCUCAUUUUGGACUUGGUCCAGAGUAUGAGAUCUCCCAGUCUUUGGGGUUCCUGAUGUUGGCUACUCUUUUUAGUGCCUUCACUGGUCUUCCCUGGAGCCUCUACAGCACUUUUGUUAUUGAGGAAAAGCAUGGAUUCAACCAGCAGACACUGGGUUUUUUUCUGAAAGAUGCUGUAAAGAAGUUUGCUGUGACGCAGUGUAUUUUGCUCCCAGUAACAUCAUUGCUACUCUACAUCAUCAAGAUCGGAGGGGAUUACUUCUUCAUCUACGCCUGGCUCUUCACUCUUGCCGUCUCUCUGAUUCUGGUGACUAUCUAUGCAGACUAUAUCGCUCCUCUGUUCGAUAAGUUCACUCCGCUGCCGGAGGGAGAGCUGAAGAGCGAGAUUGAGAGCAUGGCGAAGUCCAUCCACUUCCCCCUCACCAAAGUCUAUGUAGUAGAAGGCUCAAAGAGAUCUUCCCACAGCAAUGCCUACUUCUACGGUUUCUUCAAAAACAAGCGUAUUGUACUAUUCGACACACUUUUGGAGGAUUUCUCUCCUUUAAACAAAACCGAGGGGGCAGAGUCAGGGACCAGAGAGGAGAAUGAGGCGACAGAGAAUGAGAACAAGUCCAAACCAAAGAACAAGAAGCAGGGCUGCAGUAACCCUGAGGUCCUGGCAGUUCUUGGACAUGAAUUGGGGCACUGGAAACUGGGCCAUACAGUCAAGAACAUUGUAAUCAGCCAGUUGAACUCCUUCCUGUGCUUCUUCCUUUUUGCCGUCCUGAUUGGUCGGAAAGAGCUCUUCAUGGCAUUUGGUUUCCAUGACAGCCAACCCACCCUCAUCGGACUGAUGAUCAUCUUUCAGUUCAUCUUCUCACCUUACAAUGAGUUGCUCUCGUUCUGUCUGACAGUGUUGAGCCGGAGGUUUGAGUUUCAGGCAGAUGCAUUUGCACGGGCUAUGGGCAGAUCAUCUGAGCUCUACUCUGCUCUCAUCAAGCUCAAUAAGGAUAACCUGGGUUUCCCUGUGGCAGAUUGGCUCUUCUCUAUGUGGCAUUACUCUCAUCCUCCCUUGCUAGAGCGUCUCAGAGCCCUGACAGGACCCAAGCAGGACUGACGGCUUUGCAAGGGGGAGCUACGUUCACCACUCGCUCCCCCGAGAAAGGGUCUCCGCCGGCCUCUAUUGGCCCUCUGAAACCAAUGCCUGUUUCUCUCUCUCUUUCCCUUCUGCUUCCAUGUCAACCUGCCUGAUAUUUUCCAUUCUCUUCCUAAGUGUUUGGUUUUCUCAUUUGUUUGUCAUCAGCCUGAGUGGUAAUUCAGUGUUUCAGAUGGCUUUAGAAACGAAUAAUGUACAAAAUGAGUCUAGGUGUUCAGUUUGCCUUUUGCAAUUUUUCUUGACAUGAUUUUGAUUUUUUUAACUGUAAAUUUUCCCCUUGGGUACUUUAUAGAUACAUGCAUUUAAACUUGUUUUUUUAUGUUUUGAUCAUCAAAGUGUUAUCCUCUGUUUGAUCCAUCUGAACCAUGAGAGAGAAAGGAAGUUAAAACAUCUCAGAGUGGACCGUAGCUCCACAUGACACCCAAAACAAUUCUUAGAUUUAGUAGUGGGUGCUUCAGAUUGCCGGUUGGUGUACUUAAAAUAAUGUCUGUCAUAUUAAAUGGGAAUGAGGAUUAUCUGCAGUGUAGUCAAGUACAUGGUUCAGAUGACAGAUGUUAUGUACAAACCAAUGAGACCACUGUUCUGACACUUAAACCACACAGGAAGAGAACUCAUUAUUUUGAUGGCUUACUUUUAUGGCUCAGUAAGGCCAGCUAAAAUGUUAAUUCCAGUAUUGGUUCUUUGAUAAAAUAUUUGAAAAAAAAAAAUAUAUAUAUAUAUAUAUAUAUAUAUAUAUAUAUAUAUAUAUAUAUAUAUAUAUAUAUAUGUUUUUUUUUUUUUUUUUUUUUUUUUUUACUUUUGUAACCAAAAAGGGUUGUUUGUGUAAAUAUGUUAAUUUUUGUGAAGUAUGAGCAACAUUCAAGGGCAGAAGUGACUUUAAAAAUUAUUUAGUGAGUAGUUAGAAAUAAUUUUUAUUAUUUUGUUCAUUUUCUCUCUGUGCCUGUGUGCAAGGUGUGUUGGAAUGUUGCAGUGAAAGUAUGUUGUAGGAACAUAAUAAUGCUGUCAUCUUUUUUCAUUUUCUCCUAAAAUCUGAGCCCUGAAUCAUAACGAUAAAAGUUUUACUGGUGGAAAUCUUAGUUUUAGGGAAUUUUAGGGCAUACACAUUUUUUUUUUAUAUUUGGCAUGCAAUAAAAAUGUUGGUUUCAAGCUUUUAAGAUAGUUGACAUGUUAAUGGAUUAAAGAGUUUAAGUGCCCACCUGAAA